CAAUAAGUUACAUGAACGCUGUUACUACUAGAGUGCAGGUAUCAACUAGAGUUUUGUUCAAAAAUAUUCUGCUCUAGGUUCAAGAAUGCAUUUGCCCUCGCUUCUGCCAUUUAUACCAAAGUCCUGUGCUGAAAACUACUGCACCUGCUUGACGACCAUUUUUACAUCUCUCAUGUGGGUUUUUUCGCCUGAGGAUGUGCAAUUCAAUAAGCAAACGAAGACGGAACCAAAUGAUUACGACUUUAUCGUUGUAGGAGCUCGAUCUGCUGGAUGUGUUGUAGCGAAUAGACGAACAGAAAAUAAGGAGUGGAAUGUAAUGCUACUUGAAGCGGGAGGAGAGGAACCAGUUGCAGCUGAAAUUCCUGGCUUUUUUGUCGAACUUUUGAAAACAGAAAUUGACUGGAAUUAUACAACUCAAGAAGGAAAAGCAUGUUUAAUAAACAAAGGCUGCAGACUGCCUCGUGGAAGAGUAAUGGGUGGUACAAGUACACUAAAUGGCAUGAUUUACAUGAGAGGUAAUAAAAAUGAUUACAAUAACUGGGCUAUAAUGGGAAAUCCUGGAUGGAGCUAUGAUGAAAUUUUACCUUAUUUUAGGAAAUCAGAGGAUAACGAAGACCCAGACAUCGUUAGGCAGAACCCGAUAUAUCAUGGAACUGAAGGGUAUCUCACAGUUUCAAAGUUUCCUUUGCUUUCUGCAUCAGGAGAAAAAAUACGAGAAGCUUUCAACGAACUCGGAUAUCCAACCAGAGAUGUAAAUGCCGAAAGUCAAUUAGGAAUAACAAAUACCCAAGUAACUAUAGACAAUGGAGUUCGAAAAACUACCAAUGCAGCCUUUAUUCGUCCAAUUAGAGGAACAAGGCCCAACUUGAUUGUUAGAAAUAAAAUCUACGUAACUAAAAUUUUGAUAGAUCCGUUCGCGAAAAAAGCUUAUGGUGUUGAAUAUAAAUACAGACACACUGGCAUUACUGGGAUACUUAUGGCAAAGAAAGAGGUAAUUGUGUCCGCAGGUGUUAUAAACUCACCAAAGUUACUGAUGGUUUCAGGUGUGGGACCAGCUGACGAACUUCAAAAGCUUGGAAUCAACGUCUAUCAAAACUUAUCAGUCGGUCAUAAUCUUCACGAUCAUUAUAUGACUAUCGGUGUCUCGGGAAUAAUAAAAAAUGUUUCAUCAGAUGAUCUUGACAAAUGUAAAGAAGAAGUAGAAAACUUUAGUUAUUAUGCAAUAACACAGCAAGGAAGUUUCUCCGCAAGCAGCUCAGUAAUUCUUUCUGCUUAUGCUCGCACAGAUUAUGAAAUAAAUAAAAAAGUCCCAGAUAUACAACUGCUUGUGAUUAUGUUAAAUGAAAGCGAAUUUUCUAUUUCUACAAUAUUACUGGCUCCGAAAAGUAGAGGAUUAAUUAAACUAAAUGCUACUCAUCCAAUUUGGGGGUCACCUUUUAUACAUCCUGGAUUUAUGACUGCCGAACCAGAUCUCAAACGUAUGAUCCAGGGUAAUCGAAUUGGUCUCAGUAUAUUCAAUACCACGAAUAUGAAAAAAUAUCAAUUCAAACUUAAUGAUGACUCUGUGCCUCCUUGCGAUAAAUUUCAAUUUAACUCAGAUGAAUACUGGACCUGUGUUGUGAGACAAUUGGGUUAUGCAUGUCAUCACCUUGUUGAAACAUGCAAAAUGGGUCCCGAAGGAGAUUCGGAAGCUGUUGUUGAUCCAAGAUUGCGAGUUAAUGGAAUUAAAGGAUUGAGAGUUAUUGAUGCGUCUAUCAUGCCGGUUGUUAUCAGAGGAAAUACGAAUGCACCAACUAUUAUGAUUGCUGAAAAAGGUAGUGACAUGAUUAAAGAGGAUUGGUUAGAAAUGUAUAAGUCAAUACUUUUACUUGGAAUAUGCUCGGCGUUCGCUUCAGGUGCUUCAGGCAAGCAUACAGCGAGGCUGUCAGGAACUACUAAUAAGUGUCAGAAAAUCAUUAAUUGUUACGGUGAAUAUCUAGGAGAUGAGCAAAGUGAUGAUAAACUUUGCACUAACUUAUUUUUCGGUCUGGCUAAUAUUGAAAAAGAUGCUUCUAUACACAUGACUACUGAAUAUGAACGUACGGAAGAAAAUGAGUUCCAAGGGACCAACGAUCAUCAAAACAAAAAUAGACAAUUAAAAACAUUCAUCGCAAUGCAGGAUGCCAUUUGGGAUGGUCCUUAUAAAAAUAAUAAAAAUAAAAUAUUGUUUAAUCCGAUUCUAAGAGAAAAACUUGUUGAGAAUAUUGUGAACUUCGUGGAAAAACGCAAGUUCGAUGGUAUCGACCUCCAAUCGCAAUAUCUAACUCAAGAGGAUGCAGAUGAUUCUGAUAAGCAGAAUUUCGUUUUACUCUUAAAGGCACUCAAAGAAAAAUUCGAUGAAAAAGGUUUACUUUUAGCUUUAGCAGUUGAAGGUAUAGAAUCAAUUGCUAAGAGAUAUGAUAUUGAAGGAAUAUCGAAAUAUGUAACCUUCAUAAAUUUAAGAGCUUACAAUCUGCACGGCGAUCUUUACACAGAUGGAAAUAUACUGAAAUCUGGUCAUCUUGCUCCGCUGUACCAUUCAUCCAAAGAAAAUGCGGAGGAUCAAAAAUUGAAUGUGGAUUCCAUUGUGAAAUACUGGAUUUCGAAAGGUGCUCCACCAAACAAGCUAAUACUAGGAACUACUUUUAAGGCAAUGUCCUAUACUUUAGCUAAGGCAAAAAAAGUUGGUAGCGACGCACCAUUUGUCGAUACUGUAAAAUAUAGGUCAACUACGACAUGCUACGCCUUUACUUGCCCCAAUGAAAAAGAUCGUACAUGGAAACAAAUCUAUGACAAAGAACAACAAGUCCCAUAUAUCUACCAAGGGAAGAAUGUCAUUGGCUAUGAGAACGUUGCCUCCAUCAAGAAAAAGGCUGAAUAUGCUAUGAGUAUGAAGCUCGCUGGUGUAUUCGUGGAUAGUUUAGAAGACGAUGAUAUAAGUGGAUUCUGUGGAAAAGGGAAUUACCCACUUUUGAAGGCUAGGACUGCACUAUCAGUAAAUCCGAGUAAGACGGAUGCAGUUUUAGGCACCAGACUAUGCGACAGCUGUCUGGUGGAGCAGGGUUUAAAUCUCUACUGUGAAGUCCCGACUGAAAAGGAUCAGAGGACUGAUUUUGACAGGUAUCACUGGCGCCUCGAAGUCGAUACCCACGAUGGCCCUGGGGGCACUCAUACGUUUGGAGCCCCUUUACCUCACCAUAAAGGCUGUGGCUGCGAAGGGAGCCUGGAGAUUAAAUACUCAUAUUUUUUCCAGGUAAUGCUACUUGAAGCGGGAGGAGAGGAACCAGUUGCAGCUGAAAUUCCUGGCUUUUUUGUCGAACUUUUUAAAACAGAAAUCGACUGGAAUUAUACAACUCAAGCAGAGGAAAGAGCAUGUUUAAUGAACAAAAGCUGCAGGCUGCCUCGUGGAAGAGUAAUGGGUGGCACAAGUGUACUAAAUGGCAUGAUUUACAUGAGAGGUAAUAAAAAUGAUUACAAUAACUGGGCCAAAAUGGGAAAUCCUGGAUGGAGCUAUGAUGAAAUUUUACCUUAUUUUAAGAAGUCAGAGGAUAACGAAGACCCAGACAUCAUUAGGCAGAACCCGAGAUAUCAUGGAACUGGAGGAUAUCUCACAGUAUCAAAGUUUCCUUUGCUUUCUGCAGCAGGAGAAAAAAUACAAGAAGCUUUCAACGAACUCGGAUAUCCAACCAGAGAUCUAAAUGCCGAAAGUCAAUUAGGAAUAACUAAUGUACAAGUAACUAUAGACAAUGGAGUUCGGGAAAGUACCAAUGCAGCCUUUAUUCGUCCAAUUAGAGGAAGAAGGCCCAACUUGAUUGUUAAAAAUAAAAUCUACGUAACUAAAAUUUUGAUAGAUCCGUUCUCGAAAAAAGCUUAUGGUGUUGAAUAUAAAUACAGACACACUGGAAUUACUGGGAUACUUAUGGCAAAGAAAGAGAUAAUUGUAUCCGCAGGUGUUAUAAACUCACCAAAGUUACUGAUGGUUUCAGGUGUGGGACCAGCUGACGAACUUCAAAAGCUUGGAAUCAACGUCUAUCAAAACUUAUCAGUCGGUCACAAUCUUCACGAUCAUUAUAUAACUAUCGGUGUCUCGGGAAUAAUAAAAAACGUGUCAUCAGAUAAUCUUCACAAAUGUAAAAAAGAAGUAAAAAACUUUAGUUAUUAUGCAAGAACACAGGAAGGACGUUUCUCCGUAAGCAGCUCAGUACUUCUUUCUGCUUAUGCUCGCACAGAGUAUGAAAUAAAUAAAAAAGUUCCAGAUAUACAACUGUUUGUGAUUAUGUUAAAUGAAAGCGAAUUUUUAAUUUCUACAAUAUUACUGGCUCCGGAAAGUAGAGGAUUAAUUAAACUAAAUGCUACUCAUCCAAUUUGGGGGUCACCUUUUAUACAUCCUGGAUAUAUGACUGCCGAACCAGAUCUCAAACGUAUGAUUCAGGGUAUUCGAAUUGGUCUCAGUAUAUUCAAUACCACGACUAUGGAAAGAUAUCAAUUCAAACUUAAUGCUAACUCUAUGCCUCCUUGCGAUAAAUUUCAAUUUAACUCAGAUGAAUAUUGGACCUGUGUUGUGGCACAAUUGGGUACUGCAGGUCAACACCUUGUUGGAACAUGCAAAAUGGGUCCUGAAGAAGAUUCGGAAGCUGUCGUUGAUCCAAGAUUGCGAGUUCAUGGAAUUAAAGGAUUGAGAGUUAUUGAUGCGUCUAUCAUGCCAGUUGUGAUUAGAGGAAAUACGAAUGCACCAACUAUUAUGAUUGCUGAAAAAGUAAAGGAAUAUAAUAAAUCAGUGGAGAAAAAAUCGUUAAACAACCUUGUAGCUGCUGUCGAACCUCUUAUUCAGAUUUUCAGAAUUCGUCAUUCAUAAGAUACGUCUUAAUUUCAAUUUAUUUUACUUUAAUGAAAAAAAUUACAUCACCAGUAUGCUUUACUUAAGUAUAGGACAGUUCACACCAUAGUAAAUUUUGCUUUUACUAUUGAAAAUAGGUUUUAGUAUUACUGAUUGUAGAACUUACGACGAUGA